UUGGACCUUUUUAUCUAUCGCCACCAUCUCGAUUUGUUCCUUUCUAAGUGCAAAUGUAAAUAUCGGACGAGAAAAGCCUCGGCCAUCGUCACUUUAUCCCCCAUGACCCUCGACAGUGCUGUCCUGCCAAAAUGAAGACGGAAACGAGUACAUCAAUGGCAACGUCGACGAGCUUUGAGGAUUCCAAAGUCAAUGGCGUCACAACCAACAGGGCCCCUGUCAGCCCCAGUCACAACCCCCACGCUACAGCUACAGCUACAGCUCCAACUCAUGAGACGACCACCACCACACCGUCAGAUACACUCGCCAACGGCUCUGCAAAUGGUAUCAUGAAUGGGACCGCUGAUGGCUCAGUGGACGUCUUCGCAUUGCGCAAAGCGUUCCGCAACAAGUACCGUCAUGUCGAGGCCGUCCAUUCCGAAUCGAAGCCGUCCUGUCUUAGCCACGACACCACCGAGACCCCAAGCUUCAUCGGGUUCAGGAAUCUCAUGGUGAUUGUGCUAGUUGCUGCCAAUCUCCGCCUGGUCAUCGAGAACAUCCAAAAGUAUGGGGUUCUGAUCUGUAUCAAAUGCCACGACUUCCGCCCCAACGAUGUGCGCCUAGGGCUCCUCCUGUACAUUCUCAUCCCAUGGCACCUUAUGCUCGCCUAUUUCAUCGAGCUAGUCGCCGCCGCUGAUGCCCGUAACUCCCGGGCCAAGUCCAAGAGGCGGGAUGGCAGCACCAGCCCGACCGAGGACGAGUCCAAGCAGUUCCUACACAGCUGGCGGAUCCUCCGCAUCCUCCACGCCGUCAACAUCACGGCCGCCCUGGCCGUGACGUCGUACGUCGUCUACUACUACAUCCACCACCCGCUCAUCGGCACGCUCGCCGAGCUGCACGCCAUCAUCGUGUGGCUCAAGACGGCGUCGUACGCGCUCACCAACCGCGACCUGCGGCACGCCUACCUGCACCCGGUGCGGGGCGAGCUGGCGGCGCUGCCCGAGAUCUACGCGCAGUGCCCCUACCCGGCCAACGUGACCUUCUCCAACCUGACCUACUUCUGGUGGGCGCCCACGCUGGUCUACCAGCCGGCGUACCCGCGCACCGCCCGCGUCCGCUGGGUCUUCGUGGCCAAGCGCCUCGGCGAGGUCGUCUGCCUGGGCGCCUUCAUCUGGUUCGCCAGCGCCCAGUAUGCCACCCCGGUGCUGCGCAACUCGCUCGACAAGAUCGCUACCCUCGAUUACAUGUCCAUCGUCGAGCGCCUGUUGAAACUGUCGACUAUUUCGUUGGUCAUCUGGCUGGCCGGCUUCUUUGCGCUCUUCCAAAGCUUCUUGAAUGCUUUGGCCGAGGUGAUGCGGUUUGGGGACCGCGAAUUCUACGAGGCCUGGUGGAACAGCGAGAGCCUCGGGGCGUACUGGCGCACGUGGAACAAGCCCGUGUACCAGUUCUUCCGGCGGCACGUCUACUCACCCAUGCGCUCCCGCGGCUGGAGCCACCUGUCAGCCAGCCUAGCCGUCUUCCUGCUCUCAGCCGUGCUGCACGAGCUACUGGUCGGCGUGCCCACGCACAACAUCAUCGGAGUCGCCUUCCUCGGCAUGUUCCUGCAACUGCCCCUCAUCGCACUGACGGCGCGCCUCGGCCGGCGCAAGACGGCGCACGGCCGGCUGGUGGGCAACACCAUCUUCUGGGUGUCCUUCACCAUCUUCGGGCAGCCGUUCGCGGCGCUCAUGUACUUUUACGCGUGGCAGGCCAAGUACGGCAGCGUCAGCAAGGUGCCGCUGGCGCAGCCGGGGACGUGUCCUGUGGUUGUUUGAUGAUGCGUUUUUGCGUUUGUGUUUGUGUUCGGGGGAUGCGGAUGGGAAUGGGAAUGGGAAUGGCUUCUGUCGGUCUGUCUGGUUGGUUGGUUGGUUGGUUUGUGGUAGCGUUGGGAUGGGAUAAAAUGGGAUGGGAUGGGAUGGGUCACUGGGACAAUAAAAGUGGUUUCUUUUUAUACGGCCGGGUUAUCUGGAACGGUGCGGCGUCAUU